CCUCACUUCCGGCCUGUGCGUUCCAUCCCACCUCCGGCCGCUGCGUUCCACACACAGGAAGAGAGUUUUUUUCUUUCGCGCCAACUUCCGGGUUUCCCUCGAGCGGGAGUCAGUCGUCCGCAAAAGCAGGAGGGGGAGUAUAUAGAGGAACACAGGGGUCUGUACAAGGACGUGAUGAUGGAGAAUCACUGGCCCCUCACAUCACUGGGUAAGAGGAGACUGUCAUGUAUUGUACAGGGGAGAGCAGAUGGGCCCAGUAACAGAGAUACCCCAGAGAGAUGUCCCCGUCUUCUGUAUUCCCAGGAUUGUAGAGAGGAGAAUCACAGGAUCCCACAGGAGGAUCAGGAUGAGCACCUUUCUGAUAUGAAGGCCGAAGAUAUAGAGGGAGAAGAAGAGACGUAUGUGACUGAUAUGAAGGCCGAAGAUAUAGAGGGAGAAGAGACGUAUGUGACUGAUAUGAAGGUAGAAGAAGAGACGUAUGUGACUGAUAUGAAGGCCGAAAAUAUAGAGGGAGAAGAGACGUAUGUGACUGAUAUGAAGGGAGAAGAAGAGACGUAUGUGACUGAUAUGAAGGCAGAAGAUACAGAAGGAGAAGAAGAGACGUAUGUGACUGAUAUGAAGGCCGAAGAUAUAGAGGGAGAAGAAGAGACGUAUGUGACUGAUAUGAAGGCAGAAGAUAUAGAGGGAGAAGAAGAGACGUAUGUGACUGAUAUGAAGGCAGAAGAUAUAGAGCGAGAAGAAGAGACGUAUGUGACUGAUAUGAAGGCAGAAGAUACAGAGGGAGAAGUAGAGACGUAUGUGAUUGAUAUGAAGGCAGAAUGUAUAGAGGGAGAAGAAGAGAUGUAUGUGACUGAUAUGAAGGCAGAAGAUAUAGAGGGAGAAGAGACGUAUGUGACUGAUAUGAAGGCAGAAGAUAUAGAGGGAGAAGAGACGUAUGUGACUGAUAUGAAGGCAGAAGAUAUAGAGGGAGAAGAAGAGACGUAUGUGACUGAUAUGAAGGCAGAAGAUAUAGAGGGAGAAGAAGAGACGUAUGUGAUUGAUAUGAAGACAGAAGAUAUAGAGGGAGAAGAGACGUAUGUGACUGAUAUGAAGGCAGAAGAUAUAGAGGGUGAAGAAGAGACGUAUGUGAGGAGAGAUCAGAAGUGUAAGGAAGAGGAAAUGCCUACAGAUAUCAGCACAGCAGAUGGAGGCACAAGCAGGAAUUCCUUGGAGGGAGAUCUCAUCUUGUCUGCAGAUAGUAAAAUAGAAGAUAACAUCACACAAUAUUCUCCAGGAGACAUCCCCAUUUCUCUAACUAUACAUCCAGUACCUCACAAUGCUGAUAUUUCAUCUGAUCCCUGUAAUUGCGAUGACUGUAAAUCUAAUACCUCAGAUUUUGAUACACAUCGUGCAGCUCAUACAUGUGAUAAAAUAUUUCCAUGCUCUGAGUGUGGGAAAAGUUUUGCAUGCAAAUUACAACUUGUUAUACAUCAGAGAAGUCAUGCAGGUGAGAGACCAUUUCCAUGUUCUGAGUGUGGGAAAUGUUUUACAGUCAAAUCACAUCUUGUUGCACAUCAGAGAAGUCACACAGGUGAGAGACCAUUUCCAUGUUCUGAGUGUGGGAAAAGUUUUGCAGGAAAAUCACAGCUUGUUAGACAUCAGAGAAGUCACACAGGUGAGAAACCAUUUCCAUGCUCUGAGUGUGGGAAAUGUUUUCUGUGUAAAUCAGAACUUGUUAGACAUCAGAAAAGUCACACAGGUGAGAAACCAUUUCCAUGCUCUGAGUGUGGUAAAAGUUUUGCACGCAAAUUACAACUUGUUAUACAUCAGAGAAGUCAUACAGGUGAAAGACCAUUUCCAUGUUCUGAGUGUGGGAAAUGUUUUACAGUCAAAUCACAUCUUGUUGCACAUCAGAGAAGUCACACAGGUGAGAGACCAUUUCCAUGUUCUGAGUGUGGGAAAAGUUUUGCAGGCAAAUCACAGCUUGUUAGACAUCAGAGAAGUCACACAGGUGAGAAACCAUUUCCAUGCUCUGAGUGUGGGAAAUGUUUUCUGUGUAAAUCAGAACUUGUUAUACAUCAGAGAAGUCACACAGGUGAGAAACCAUUUCCAUGCUCUGAGUGUGGGAAAAGUUUUGCAGGCAAAUCACAGUUUGUUAUACAUCAGAGAAGUCACACAGGUGAGAAUACAUUUCCAUGCUCUGAGUGUGGGAAAUGUUUUCUGUGUAAAUCAGGACUUGCUAGACAUCAGAGAAGUCACACAGGUGAGAAACCAUUUCCAUGCUCUGAGUGUGAGAAAUGUUUUCCACUCAAAUCACAUCUUGCUAGACAUCAGAGAAGUCACACAGGUGAGAAUACAUUUCCAUGCUCUGAGUGUGAGAAAUGUUUUCCACUCAAAUCACAUCUUGCUAGACAUCAGAGAAGUCACACAGGUGAGAAUACAUUUCCAUGCUCUGAGUGUGGGAAAUGUUUUCUGUGUAAAUCAGAACUUGUUAUACAUCAGAGAAGUCACACAGGUGAGAAACCAUUUCCAUGCUCUGAGUGUGGGAAAAGUUUUGCACUCAAGUUACGUCUUGUUAUACAUCAGAGAAGUCACACAGGUGAGAAACCAUUUCCGUGCUCUGAGUGUGGGAAAAGUUUUGCACUCAAGUUACGUCUUGUUAGACAUCAAAGAAGUCACACAGGUGAGAAACCGUUUCCAUGCUCUGAGUGUGAGAAAUGUUUUCCACUCAAAUCACAGCUUGCUAGACAUCAGAGAAGUCACACAGGUGAGAAUACAUUUCCAUGCUCUGAGUGUGGGAAAUGUUUUCUGUGUAAAUCAGAACUUGUUAUACAUCAGAGAAGUCACACAGGUGAGAAACCAUUUCCAUGCUCUGAGUGUGAGAAAUGUUUUCCACUCAAAUCACAGCUUGCUAGACAUCAGAGAAGUCACACAGGUGAGAAUACAUUUCCAUGCUCUGAGUGUGGGAAAUGUUUUCUGUAUAAAUCAGAACUUGUUAUACAUCAGAGACGUCACACAGGUGAGAAAUUUCCAUGCUCUGAGUGUGAGAAAUGUUUUCCACUCAAAUCACAGCUUGCUAGACAUCAGAGAAGUCACACAGGUGAGAAUACAUUUCCAUGCUCUGAGUGUGGGAAAUGUUUUCUGUGUAAAUCAGAACUUGUUAUACAUCAGAGACGUCACACAGGUGAGAAACCAUUCCCAUGCUCUGAGUGUGGGAAAAGUUUUGCACGCAAAUCACAUCUUGCUAGACAUCAGAGAAGUCACACAGGUGAGAAACCAUUUCCAUGCUCUGAGUGUGGGAAAAGUUUUGCACGCAAAUCACAUCUUGCUAGACAUCAGAGAAGUCACACAGGUGAGAAACCAUUUCCAUGCUCUGAGUGUGGGAAAUGUUUUCUGUGUAAAUCAGAACUUGUUAUACAUCAGAGAAGUCACACAGGUGAGAAACCAUUUCCAUGCUCUGAGUGUGGGAAAAGUUUUGCAGGCAAAUCGUAUCUAGUUAAACAUCAGAAAUUACACAGGAGUAAAGCAUUACUAUGAUCUGAUACACAACAGGGUUGUAGCAACACUUUAUUGCAUUGGACAGGUCCGCACUGCCCAUCUGUCACCUUUGGCAUAUUCCAGAAGUGCCAAUGGACUGUUGGAUUCAUCCAGUUCCACAGAGAGAUGGGAAGGCCGUGUGCAGCGCAGCCUCUGGCUCUCUGGUUUAGCCGCCCCUACUUCCCAAAGUGUCUCCCCCCACACCCACCCCAUAAAUAAUUACAUACGGUGUGCAUUAGGGAACACAAAUUGUUUUAUCUUACACAGAAUUACCCCUCCCUUUUAGCACCUGAGUGACAUCACAAUCUGAUUGAACAGCUUGCCAUUAUGUGCAUUGUAUUUAGAGAGGCAUGAGUGGGUCAGCAUUAGGAUGGAUUGCUGACUCCAGAGUGCCAUUGGAGAAGUUAGGGGUGUCUCCAGGUAAGCUGGCUCUCAGAUCCUGUAGGAGCCAUUAUCAUGUGGCCUUACACUGGGCAUUCAGACCCAGACAUAUAUGUAAUUAUUUAUGGGGUGGGUGUGGGGUGCGGUUGCCCCUAUGUCGGUAUGGCUGUGCGGCUUCAGUUUUGCACACCCUAACACUUUAUUAACACUUAUGAUUUCCCUAUCACUUUGUAUAUAUUUUUGUAAUAUUUUAAUCACACUUCACAUACAUAGCACUUAGGUGCUUCUUAUUAACCCUUAUUAACUUUCACCUGUGUACUGACCUGGGGUAGCUGACCUGUGCCGACGUGAUGGGGUCCUGCACCCCAGACCCAUACCUAGUAUUAGGGACCCCCAGUGAUGGAGAAGCCUUGCCAAUCGGCCUGGGGGCUUAACCCUAUAGCUGCAGAUAUACGCAACUAAGAUCUCCAUUAUAUCUGAUUAUUAUGUAGUAUUAUUUUUUACUUAGUGUGCAUUAGGGAACACAAAUAGUUUUUUCUUAGACAUCAGAGAAGUCACGCAGGUGAGAAUACAUUUCCAUGCUCUGAGUGUGGGAAAUGUUUUCUGUGUAAAUCAGAACUUGUUAGACAUCAGAGAAGUCACAGGUGAGAAACCAUUUCCAUGCUCUCAGUGUGGGAAAGGUUUCCAUUCAAAUCACGUCUUGUUACACAUCAGAGAAGUCACACAGGUGAGAAGCCAUUUCCAUGCUCUGAGUGUGGGAAAAGUUUUGCAGGCAAAUCGUAUCUAGUUAAACAUCAGGAAUCACAGGAGUAAAGCAUUACUUUGAUGUGAUACACAACAGGGUUGUAGCAACACUUUAUUGCAUUGGACAGGGCUGUACUGCCCAUCUGUCACCUCUGGCAUAUUCCAGAAGUGCCAAUGGACUGGUGGUUUCAUCCAGUUCCACAGAGAGAUGGGAAGGCCGUGUGCAGUGCAGCCUCUAGCUCUCUGGUUUAGCCGCCCCUACUUCCCAAAGUGUCUGUCUCCAUGGAAAUGGGGGCGUGCAGUAAGUCCACGCCCCCCUUACAGCACGUCCUCGUGUGUCAUGUCCUUGCGCCCCCCCCCCCGUGAUGUGCGCUUGCAAGUUUACAAAUGCCCAAUCCAAAUAGCCCCAGAUUGUCCCUGCCAGUAGAUAUCGGCACCUCUCUCCACAUCAAUACCAGACCAUCGUGUUAUAUAAGCGUCUAUGGGCCUAAUUCAUGGUCGAUCGCAAAACGAAAAUCUUCCGCUAAUGGGAAAAUCCAUGUGCACUGCAGGUGGGGCAGAUGUAACAUGUGCAGAGAGAGUUAGAUUUGAGUGAGGUGUGUUCAAACGGAAAUCUAAAUUGCAGUGUAAAAAUAAAGCAGCCAGUAUUUACCCUGCACAGAAACAAUAUAACCCACGCUACUCUAACUCUGCACAUUUCUCAUACAUCCUAGAGGAUGCUGGGGUCACAUCAAGAA